AUGGCUGGCUUGAGAGUGGACUUUGGCUUGCUCUUGGAGCCUCUUGGCUUCAUUAAGGUCCUUGAGUGGAUUUUUUCCAUCUUUGCUUUUGCCACAUGUGGAGGCUUUCAAGGUGAAACUACCCUUCUAAUUUCCUGCAAAGGUGUGGUAAACAAAACAGUUACAGCUGCUUUUGCUUAUCCAUUCAGGUUGAAUACCGUUGUAUUUAGUGCACCAGAUCCAAAACGCUGUGGUGGUACUUGGACUGACGUCUAUCUUGUGGGCAACUUCUCCUCUUCUGCACAGUUCUUUGUUACGCUUGCAGUGUUGGUAUUCCUCUACUGCAUUGCUGCCCUUGUGGUAUAUAUUGGAUAUAAACAUGUGUAUCAGCAAAAUAGCAAGUUUCCGCUAACUGACUUGGCUGUCACUGUCAUAACAGCCUUUCUGUGGCUGGUCAGUACUUUAGCUUGGGCAAAGGCACUUGCUGACAUCAAAAUGUCCACAGGGGCCAGCAUUAUUCCGGGCAUUGAAUCUUGCAAAGCACCAGGAACAACUUGUCGUUUUGCUUCUGUGACCAGCAUGGGAACUCUGAAUGUGUCUGUGGUGUUUGGCUUGCUUAAUAUGGUUUUAUGGGGAGGAAAUGUUUGGUUUGUAUACAAGGACACCAACUUGCACAACCAAUCAAACAGAAUUUCUCGAAGUCCAGGAAUAUAUCCAACUCAAAGAGGAGUAUAA